CGGCUCGAGUUUCAGGGACCUGGAGCACUUGCGCACUCUCUGGUUAAGGCAUCGGUCGUACAAAAGUGCGACGCAGCAUACCCGAGUCCAAAAACGCAUCCACAAGCGCCGUCGGUUCACAGCAUCCGACCGACCCGACAUCGACGCCGCCGCGAGCACGUCGACGCCGCCGCCGAGCGCAGCGCCAUCAACGCCGCCGCCGAGCGCGGCUGCAUGUCUGACUUCCCCAUCCGCUCGCGCAAGGGAGGAGCUAAUCCGUACAUAUCCAGCGACGCUAACAUGCCAGAGACGAAGCCACCGAGAGAGCCCGGCGCGGCCUACGUCUUCGUGCCGACGCUCGCGGCAUGUGCUCUAUUGCUCUUAUACGUCGGCGUCGGAGUAGUAACAGGAGUCUCAACAGACUACGGCGUCUCCAGCGUAAGAGGUUCCUCCGCCAACGUCCUGAGAGUAGCCACCUGGAACGUCGCGGCCAUCAACAACAACCCCUUCGAGUACUGGAUCACGCACGACGACAAGGCCUACAACAAGCUGAUGAGCGACGUGCAAGAAUUUGUGUCAAAUCCGGGCGAGCGAGACGUGAUAGUCGAAGAGGUUUUUAGUGAUCAGAUGUGGGACUCGUUAUCAAAGAAAAUGAAGGACGUAGGAUGGGCCGGCGUCGACGAAGUCGACAAGAUGUGGAAGGACGAUUUUCGGUCGAGAAAAAUAGUAGGAGGCUUCCUGACGGAUGCGACGCUUGGCAAGAAACGCCUGGCAAGUAUGCCGGACAGGGUCACGAACACGAUCCGGACGGAAAAUGGGAAUGUGAUGCGGCCGACGGUCAUCAAUUGUUUUAGCGGCGACCUGGGCACGCAGGAGAAGUGGUUCGAGGCUGUGUGGAAAUCAAAUUGUCGCGGCGCUUCCAAUGCCAUCGACGCGAUGUCAGCUCGAUGGCGUGGCGGUGCCGGUUCCUCACCGCUCGAGAAAGGACUCACUGGUUGAUUUCCACACAGGUUCAAGGAGUGGAUGGAGUUCAUGUUCGAGACGCGCGUCAAGGACCAGAUGGUCUACGAGACGUUGUUACCUAUAAAAAGGAGCAAGUACCCCGCGCUGUCUGAAGACGAAGAAAGGUUAUCGAUUCCCCUCCAGACGCUCUGUGGGGCUAUUUUUGAUGCUAUUCUCGUGCAUAUGAUGAACAGCAUCGCGCCGACGACGUGGCAGCCUUUACGAAGCGAGCUGUGCGCCGCCCUGAACUCGCAAAAAGACUCGAGGACCCUAGAAAUUCUGGAGAGAACGUACGGCGACGCCGACGUCCUGUUCGUCCAGGAAGCCGCGUCGGCCUUUGUGAAGACGGCUUCAGCGUCAUUGGGAAGCAAGUACCACAUCCUCGCGCCGGCGAGCAUGGACCCGAAGCGCGACCAGAACUCCUUGGUCUUCCUCUGCAAGAAGCGCUUCCCCUCGACGGCGUCCGAGUUCACCGAUGAAGUACUUUCUUCACUUAGUAAGGCUCCGGUCGCGAACGGCGACUUGUACGCCGCUACUGUGUUUGAUUCUUCGAACCGGCCCUUCGUCGUCGCUUCUUUUCAUGGGGACACGAACGGCCUAGCUACUAUUCCUGUUACCGAUGCUCUACUAGAGAAGAUACCAGAGAACCACAAGCUCUUGUUCGGCCUCGACGCGAACACCUACGAGAACGAGAGGGAGGGCUACCAGGGCGCAGCCAAGUACCAGGCCUUUAUCGUCGACAAGGGUCUCGGGUCCCAGCACGGUGUUGAUAGUUCUAUGGAUGUGAAGAGGUAUACGACGUUCAACGCUCGAACAUAUCUGCAACCGCAGCUCAACAAGGCCGUGGCCUUCGACGAGCGUUAUACAAAUAUCAACGUCGACCGGAACCCGAAGGACUUCAUCCUCUAUACACCUCGGGACUUUGAAUUAGUGGACACCGGACGAGACAACACGGGCGAGCGGACGUAUACCGAGGACAUGAUGUUCCCCACCCUCAAGUUCCCGUCGGACCACGGCGUCACGGCCGCGACGUUGAGGUUAUUGCCGCGGCGGCGGGUGUAA